AUGAUCAACACACUAUCUCUCCAAUCUAUCUUAUUUUUCGUUUCAGCUUGUCUGGCGACAGAUGUCCACGUUGCCUGGCGUCUCGAGCAUGAAACGAAGGCCUCAGCAUUGGUAGCGGUAGACACCAAUGGCACUGUCAUAGCGGAGACAUGUGGCAGCAUCAUUCACGCCAGGGACCCGAUCGACUUCUCAUAUCUUGAUGAAAACGAUGGAAGUGGUAAAUUCUUCAUUGGCAAUGCCACCUACAUGGUUCACAGUAACCCUCUGUGGUCUGGUGGACCUGCAUGCUCCCGCACCUUCAACCGACAUCACACUCUUGUGCAGUGCUCAGGAAUCAGCUGGGAUGCUCUUGGUGCCAUUGUUGACGAGCCAAGAGACUGCUUUGCUAAGGCUCCCACGGAUGGCGAACUGAUGGACCUUCAGAGCAGAGAAUUGGACGAGACGGGUCAGAUGCAGAAGCGAGGCUGGUGGCAGAAGUUCAAAGAGCAUGCGCGGCAAGGCGCGGCAAGGACUAGGCUAGAGCUUGUUGGCGAUGGCAAUCCUCGCCAGCAUUACUACCACAUACAGAUAUCGGAAACCAUAGACUGCGGCCCAAGCUCGGGCUGUAGCGUGGGCAGGUCAGAUUCGGAGUCCCGCACUAUCUCGGCCAGUUACAACAUCAACGGCCCGGAGAAAGUCUGGGGAAGCAUGAACUUCGGCGUCAGCAAGUCAUGGUCAACUGGCAAUUCCUACACCUGCAACGGGGUCAAGAAUGAAACGGUCUGCAUUUGGUACAACGUCGCCCACACGACAUACCAUGUAAAAUCCUUUACGAUCCCGUUUGGAGGGUAUAAAAACCAAGAAAAGGUGGAAGAAUAUGACAUCUCGUCUCCCAAUAAGAAAAACAAAGGUGGACAGUACUACUGCGUUGUCGGUAACUGUACAUUCAAUGGUGAUAAUUGGUGGGACAGGGUGGGUCGGAAAGGCGUUGCUUGA